UAUAUAUAGCAAGACCAUCAGAAUGUCGGGAGCUUCAGUGAAGGUGGCUGUCCGUGUGAGGCCUUUCAAUUCUCGAGAGACCAGCAAAGAGUCCAAAUGUAUCAUUCAGAUGCAAGGCAACUCGACCAGUAUUGUUAAUCCAAAGAACCCAAAGGAAGCUCCAAAAUCCUUCAGCUUUGACUACUCCUACUGGUCUCACACCUCGCCAGAAGACCCCUGUUUUGCAUCUCAAAGCCGUGUGUACAAUGACAUUGGGAAGGAAAUGCUCUUGCAUGCCUUCGAGGGCUAUAACGUCUGCAUUUUUGCCUAUGGGCAGACCGGUGCUGGGAAAUCUUAUACAAUGAUGGGGAAACAAGACGAAGGCCAGGCUGGCAUCAUUCCACAGCUGUGUGAAGAACUGUUUGAGAAAAUCAAUGACAACUGUAAUGAAGAAAUGUCUUACUCUGUAGAGGUGAGUUACAUGGAAAUUUACUGUGAAAGAGUACGAGAUUUGCUGAACCCCAAAAACAAGGGCAAUUUGCGUGUACGUGAACAUCCCCUUCUUGGCCCAUAUGUGGAGGAUCUGUCAAAGUUGGCAGUCACUUCUUACACAGACAUUGCCGAUCUCAUGGAUGCUGGGAACAAAGCCAGGACAGUGGCAGCUACCAACAUGAAUGAAACAAGUAGCCGUUCCCAUGCUGUGUUUACCAUUGUUUUCACCCAGAAGAAACAAGAUAACGAGACCAACCUUUCCACUGAGAAGGUCAGUAAAAUAAGCUUGGUGGAUCUAGCAGGAAGUGAGCGUGCUGAUUCAACUGGUGCCAAGGGGACAAGAUUGAAGGAAGGAGCAAAUAUUAAUAAGUCUCUUACAACUUUGGGCAAAGUGAUUUCAGCCUUAGCAGAAGUGGAUAACUGCACCAGCAAGAGUAAGAAGAAGAAGAAAACUGACUUUAUUCCAUAUAGGGACUCUGUACUUACUUGGCUUCUUCGAGAAAAUCUAGGUGGAAAUUCUCGAACUGCAAUGGUCGCUGCUCUGAGCCCAGCAGAUAUCAAUUACGAUGAGACUUUGAGCACUCUGAGAUAUGCAGAUCGUGCAAAACAGAUCAAAUGCAAUGCCGUCAUCAAUGAGGACCCUAACGCCAAACUAGUUCGUGAACUGAAGGAGGAGGUGACACGACUCAAGGACCUUCUUCGUGCACAGGGGCUGGGAGAUAUUAUUGACAUUGAUCCAUUGAUCGAUGAUUUCUCUGGAAGUGGAGGCAAAUAUCUGAAAGAUUUUCAGAACAAUAAGCAUAGGUACUUGCUAGCCUCUGAGAAUCAACGCCCUGGCAAUUUUUCCACAGCAUCCAUGGGGUCCCUUACUUCAUCUCCAUCUUCCUGCUCGCUCAGUAGUCAGGUGGGCUUACCGUCUGUGACGAGCAUUCAGGAGAGGAUCAUGUCUACGCCUGGAGGAGAGGAGGCCAUCGAGCGUCUGAAGGAAUCAGAGAAGAUCAUUGCUGAAUUGAAUGAGACCUGGGAAGAAAAACUGCGUAAAACAGAAGCCAUCAGGAUGGAGAGAGAGGCUUUGUUGGCUGAGAUGGGAGUUGCCAUUCGGGAAGAUGGAGGGACCCUGGGGGUUUUUUCACCGAAAAAGACCCCACAUCUUGUUAACCUCAAUGAGGACCCACUGAUGUCUGAAUGCCUGCUUUAUUAUAUCAAAGACGGAAUUACAAGGGUUGGCCAAGCAGAUGCUGAGCGGCGCCAGGACAUCGUGCUGAGUGGCGCUCACAUUAAAGAAGAGCAUUGUGUUUUCCGCAGUGAGAGAGACAACAGUGGUGAUGUUAUUGUGACGCUGGAGCCCUGUGAGCGCUCAGAAACCUAUGUCAAUGGCAAGAGGGUGACCCAGCCUGUUCAGCUGCGCUCAGGAAACCGUAUCAUCAUGGGUAAAAACCACGUGUUUCGUUUUAACCACCCGGAGCAAGCACGGGCAGAGCGAGAGAAGACCCCUUCUGCUGAGACCCCUUCUGAGCCUGUGGACUGGACGUUUGCCCAGAGAGAGCUUCUGGAAAAGCAAGGCAUUGAUAUGAAGCAGGAAAUGGAGAAAAGGCUACAGGAAAUGGAGAUCCUCUACAAAAAGGAGAAGGAAGAAGCAGACCUUCUGUUGGAGCAGCAAAGACUGGACUAUGAGAGUAAGUUGCAGGCCUUGCAGAAGCAAGUUGAGACCAGAUCCCUAGCUGCAGAAACGACGGAGGAGGAAGAAGAGGAAGAAGAAGAAGUGCCUUGGACACAACACGAAUUUGAGCUGGCCCAAUGGGCCUUCCGGAAAUGGAAGUCUCACCAGUUUACUUCACUAAGGGACUUGCUCUGGGGCAAUGCUGUUUACCUCAAGGAGGCCAGUGCCAUCAGCGUGGAACUGAAGAAGAAGGUGCAGUUUCAGUUUGUGCUGCUGACGGACACGUUGUACUCCCCUCUGCCUCCUGAAUUACUUCCCACUGACACGGACAAGACGCGUGGAGACAGGCCUUUCCCUCGCACAGUGGUGGCAGUAGAAGUCCAGGACCUGAAGAAUGGAGCAACACACUACUGGUCUUUGGGGAAACUCAAGCAGCGGCUGGAUCUGAUGCGAGAGAUGUAUGACAGGGCCGGGGAGACGGCCUCUGGCGCCCAAGACGAAAGUGAAGCCAUGAUGACUGGCAGCGACCCAUUUUAUGACCGAUUCCACUGGUUCAAACUUGUUGGAAGCUCCCCCAUUUUCCACGGCUGUGUCAAUGAGCGCCUUGCCGACCGCACGCCUUCCCCCACUCUUUCUACCGCCGAUUCCGACAUCACAGAGCUGGCUGACGAGCAGCAAGAUGAGAUGGAGGAUUUUGAUGAGGAGGCAUUCGUGGAUGACACCGGCUCUGACGCAGGGACGGAGGAGGGAUCAGAUCUCUUCAGUGAUGGGCAUGACCCGUUUUACGACCGAUCCCCUUGGUUCAUUUUAGUGGGAAGGGCGUUUGUUUACCUGAGCAACCUGCUGUAUCCUGUGCCCCUGAUUCACAGGGUGGCCAUUGUCAGCGAGAAAGGGGAAGUUCGAGGAUUUUUACGCGUGGCUGUGCAAGCCAUUGCAGCGGAUGAAGAAGCUCCUGACUAUGGCUCUGGAAUUCGACAGUCAGGAACAGCUAAAAUAUCUUUUGAUAAUGAAUGCUUCAAUCAGAGUGACUUUUCUUCAACUGCAAUGACUCGUUCUGGUCUGUCCUUGGAGGAGCUGAGGAUUGUGGAAGGACAAGGACAGAGCUCAGAGGUCAUCUCCCCUCCAGAAGAAGUGAACCGAAUGAAUGAUUUGGAUUUGAAGUCAAACACUUUGCUGGAUGGUAAAAUGGUAAUGGAAGGGUUUUCUGAAGAAAUUGGCAACCACUUGAAACUGGGAAGUGCCUUCACGUUUCGUGUGACGGUGUUGCAGGCCAGUGGAAUUCUCCCAGAGUAUGCAGAUAUCUUCUGUCAGUUCAACUUUUUGCAUCGCCAUGAUGAAGCAUUCUCCACUGAACCCCUCAAGAAUAAUGGCAGAGGAAGUCCUCUGGGCUUUUAUCAUGUGCAGAAUAUUGCAGUGGAGGUGACCGAGUCGUUUGUGGACUAUAUCAAAGCCAAACCGAUUGUGUUUGAAGUCUUUGGGCACUACCAGCAGCACCCACUUCACUUGCAAGGACAGGAUCUUAACAGUCCUCCUCAGCCCGGCCGGCGGUUCUCCCCCCCACCCAUGCCGCUGUCUAAGCCAGUUCCAGCCACCAGGUUGAACACCAUGAGCAAAGCCAGCCUUGGCCAGAGUGUGAGCAAGUAUGAUCUCCUGGUCUGGUUUGAGAUCAGUGAACUGGAGCCUACAGGAGAGUAUAUCCCAGCUGUGGUGGACCAUACAGCGGGCUUGCCCUGCCAGGGGGCAUUUUUACUUCACCAGGGCAUCCAGCGAAGAAUCACAGUGACCAUUAUCCAUGAGAAGGGGAGUGAGCUCCACUGGAAAGAUGUUCGGGAGCUGGUGGUAGGUCGGAUUAGGAAUAAGGCUGAGGUGAAUGAAACUGCAGUUGACGCUAUCCUCUCCCUGAAUAUCAUCUCCGCCAAGUACCUGAAGUCUUCCCACAACUCCAGCAGGACCUUCUACCGAUUCGAGGCCGUGUGGGACAGCUCUCUCCACAACUCUCUCCUUCUGAACCGAGUGACUCCCUACGGAGAGAAGAUCUACAUGACCUUGUCAGCCUACCUGGAGCUGGACCACUGCAUCCAGCCUGCUGUCAUCACCAAGGACGUGUGCAUGGUGUUCUACUCCCGGGAGGCGAAGGUCUCUCCGCCUCGCUCUUUGCGCAGCCUCUUUGGCAGCAGCUACUCCAAGUCACCAGACUCCAAUCGAGUCACUGGAAUUUACGAACUCAGUUUAUGCAAAAUGGCAGACACAGGUAGUCCAGGCAUGCAGAGGAGGAGAAGAAAAGUCUUGGACACGUCCGUGGCAUAUGUACGGGGGGAAGAGAACUUAGCAGGUUGGCGGCCCCGUGGAGACAGCCUCAUCCUGGAGCACCAGUGGGAGCUGGAGAAGCUGGGGCUCCUGCACGAGGUGGAGAAAACCCGCCACUUCCUCCUGCUGCGCGAGAGACUUGGAGACAGCAUCCCCAAAUCCCUGAGCGAGUCCUUGUCCCCCAGCCUCAGCAGCGGAACACUCAGCACCUCCACCAGCAUCUCCUCUCAGAUCUCGACCACCACCUUCGAGAGCGCCAUCACGCCCAGCGAGAGCAGCGGCUACGACUCGGCAGACAUUGAAAGCCUGGUGGACAGAGAGAAAGAGCUGGCCACUAAGUGCCUGCAACUUCUCACCCACACUUUCAACAGGGAAUUCAGCCAGGUGCUCAGCAGCGUCAGUGACUGUAAGUUGUCAGACAUCUCUCCAAUAGGACGGGAUCCCUCCGUGUCCAGCUUCAGCAGUGCUACCCUUACCCCUUCCUCCACCUGCCCCUCUCUGGUGGACUCCAGGAGCAACUCUCUGGAUCAGAAGACCCCAGAAGCCAAUUCUCGGGCCUCUAGUCCCUGCACAGAAUACGAACAGUUUCAGAUUGUCCCAGCUGUAGAAACACCCUUUUUGGCUCGAGCAGGAAAAAAUGAAUUUCUUAAUCUUGUUCCAGAUAUUGAAGAAAUUAGACCAGGCUCAGUGGUCUCCAAGAAAGGAUACUUGAACUUUAAGGAACCACUUUCCAGCAACUGGACUAAACAGUUUGUUGUGGUCCGGCGCCCUUACGUCUUCAUCUAUAACAGUGACAAAGACCCAGUGGAGCGUGGCAUCCUUAACCUCUGCUCAGCGCAGGUUGAAUUCAGUGAGGACCAGCAGGCCAUGCUGAAGACUCCUAACACCUUUGCUGUUUGCACAAAGCACCGUGGGGUCCUUUUGCAGGCUCUCAAUGACAAAGACAUGAAUGACUGGCUGUAUGCCUUUAACCCACUCCUUGCUGGCACGAUAAGGUCAAAGCUGUCCCACAGAUGCCCAAGCCAACUCAAGUACUAAGUGACUGCUGAGCACUCUCCUCGCCUUCGACAUAAAGGAAGUGUCACCUCUCAUUCCUCUCUGUGAUUCUUGAUGGCUACCCUUGUAUGUAAUUCUGUGGCUUCACGGCUCCCCUCUUUGUCCAGCCGCUUUCCAGCUUCUCCUGUGCCCUAUCUCCAUUGCUCUGUACUCUUCUUUGUGCUGAGGACCCUUGUGAUUAGCAUGUGACCUAACAAAAGGAAAAACAAAACAAAACAAAAACCAACCCCAGAGAGGAUCCAGUGAGCCUCCAGCUUAUUUUUUGGUGUAUUUUGACUUUCUUUUGUAUAAUAGGUCCCCUAUGACCACUUCUGAUGUCGGUACUACUGCUGUGUUUAGAUAGCUUUGUCUGUUUUUCAAGACUACAUAAUGCUUUUUUCCCUUUCACUGUUUGUGAUACCACUUUGAUUUUUCUUGGGUGGCUCAGAGACUAUUAUGGGAGGAGACAUCUGGAUUUGUAGAAGCUGAGAGGAAAAAACAUACCCUUUGUCCUUCUGUCUGUAUUUGCCAUAACUCACCUCUAUACUUUCCAUUCAGGAAAAAGUUGUGGUAAACUUAGAAAUGGAAUGGGUGUAGCCUUUGAAGUUGGAGUUUAUUUAGAAUAUCAUCGUGUGGUUUUCAUCUGCUAAGUGAUUGUUUUCAGUAGUUGUGGAACAGUGGUUGCUGUUGACCUUGUAAGACAGGAAAAACUGGUGGAUAUCAAAGAGAGAGAGGGUUUGGCAGUGGGCUGUGAGUCACUGGGGUGCUCAGAGCUGACCAUUCUCUCCAGAGGAGCCGUUCGCUGUCUGUCCUUGGCACUAGGGGGUGACGAGACAGGUUGCUAUUAGGCCACCUCCCGCACAGAUGUCCACAAGGGGGCGUUGCACUUUCUAGCGAUGAAUUUAUGGGUCAUGACUGUCAAGACUAUUGCAGGUGACUGUUGUAGCUCCCUUUGAGCAAAAGCAGAAACUACAGUGUUCAAGUGCGAGCUGGGAACUCUCCCUCGGGACCCAGCGGUCAUCUCGGUGAAGCUUAGCAGAUUGGACAAACUUUGGAUGAAGCUUAUUGUUCUCUGAGUGUAUGGACGCUUUCUGAGUCCCAGGGGUCAGACCCAAGCCCCUGCCGCCACUGAAAACAAAACCAAAGAACACAGGGAGGGGCAGGGAGGGGUUGAGUCUUUGACUGCAGUGGCCUCUGCUUCCAUCUGCCUCUGCCCAUCCUUCGUUCUAAGUCUCCAUCUCCAGGGAAGCGCUUGCAAGGUGGUGAAGAUUCACUUUUCCUCCAGCUGCCAGUGGGGUUUGUAGGCAGGAUGUGGGGAGGAGAGACCUCCCAGGUCACUCCCAUGGCUUUUCCUGUCUGGCCUUCAUUGUCACUCUGUGGAAGACGAGUUACUCUGCUCUGGUCAGCAGUGGUGGGGUCACCACAGGACACUUAGCAGAUGGGCCCGCCACCACCUGGACCCCAGGACACACGUCGCCCAGCUUCACCCAUCUUUCCAAGCAUGCAAGACGAGGGAAGGAAGAGGGAGUCACAGAGAGCUCAGUAAGGGACGGCGGCUGGAGGUCACGGGCGGCUUAUCCCCACCGUGAUCAGUGCAGACUCUGGAGUGGAGGAGUAGCUUUUAAACUUUUUCCCCCUCUGCUUGAAAUAUAGGUCACUAGUAUUAUUUGUUUGCUAAGUGAUAUGUGAGCUUCUUAAUGUAGUGAGAGGUUUCUUCAUUGUCUAAUGAGUGUACUGUGCCCUUCUGGCGUGUACCCAAACCCAGGCAGGGCCUGUCAGUGCUUAAGACAGCUUCCCAGACUAGAUUUAGAAUUAAACCUAAUUUCACGGAGAUGAAGGUGAAAUUUGAAGGUUACCUUUAAAAUUAAAUCAUAAAAACAAUAAACCAUGAAUACUGCUGCUCGUAGGGGAGUGAGGAGGCUGAGGGAAGGUAAAGCCAAUUGGCGCACUGCAAGGCUUGUUUUCCUCUAGACCCGUCAGAGCCAGAGCCGGCUAAGUGGUCUUUGCUGGAAGCAUCGGGUUUCAGAGCAGCCAAACGGGCGGGCUGUUGACAGUGCCCACUGACGAGGCCGGGCCUGCAAGGGUCUCCAGCAGGCAGACUCCACCCUGCAAGGACAAGGGGCUCCUUCUGCAGGGCCCCUCUUCAGACUGGAGCUGGGACAGCCUCAGGGGCGACCACAGCCCGUGUCCACCUGCAGCUCUGAGGGAGGGUCUUGAGGUCAAAUGGAAAGUUAAGAAAUUCCACCUUCAAGGUGACCACCUUUAGAGGGUUCUUUUUCCUUUUUUUUUUACAAGCAAAAGAAACAAACAAAAAGAAGUUAAAAACGAGAGAAAGAAAACUCUUACACAAGUGAGAGAAAUGAGUGCUAAUUAAAGCCACGUCCAUUCUUCUAACAAAAUGAAACACGGCCUCAUAGCCCACACCAGACUGUGCUCACUCCUUAGUCUGUGCCUGCUGGGAGUCAGUCAACUCCCAGGCAGGACUGUGGGGGCCGGCCAGCCCAGCACACAGUAGGGGCACAGGGGAGGGCAGGACUGUGGGGCCAGCCAGCCCAGCACACAGUAGGGGCAUAGGGGAGGGCAGGACUGUGGGGGCCAGCCAGCCCAGCACACAGUAGGGGGACAGGGGAGGGCAGGACUAUGGGGCCAGCCAGCCCAGCACACAGUAGGGGCACAGGGGAGGGCAGGACUGUGGGCGCCGGCUAGCCCAGCACACAGUAGGGGCACAGGGGAGGGCAGGACUGUGGGGGCCAGCCAGCCCAGCACACAGUAGAGGCACUGGGGAGGCAGGGCUUUGAGGCAUCUAAAUUCCAGUAUUGUUGAAAUGUGGUCAAGCCCAAGGAACAUUGCCACCCCUCCUCCUAAACCACUAUUAUUUGAUGUAUUUUAUUUCCCUCCCUUGCCUACAACUCCUGUUUUUAUAGAUUUUUUUUUCAGUUCUUAAAAAAUGAAGGAAUAGCUUAAAUCUUUGUCUACGGUCUUUUGGGAUCUGAAAAUUAAAUCACUUCUCUUGGCUUAUACUCCAGAGCACACAGUGCCUGCUGCUGGUGUCCAGCUGACAGGUGUUGAGCUUGGUGAGGGGUGUGUGUGUCACUCCUCCGCCCUCCCCUUGCUGUGGCUACUUGGCUUCUGCACAGACGAGGCUUGUUUGCUUGUUUGCUUGUUUUUUUGUUUGUUUGUUUGACUUGGCUCUUCAUCUUCACUUUUGGUUCCCGCUGACUUGGUCCUUUAAAGGAAGCUAGCUCUGCUGCUGCUGUCAGGCUUGCAGGUGUCGAGCCAGGACUCGAACUAAUGCCACACCCUGCGCCUGCUCCCAGGGCCAGCGGCGCUCCCUGUGUGGCCAGGCCGUCACUGUGUGGCGAGGUCACCGGCCUGUGCUUCCUUAAUCAGUCGGAGUAGCCGCUGAGAGGUGAUCUGUUGUGCAAAAGGCCGUUUGUGAGAUGAGUAUCGCAGCUCCCCCAAAAAAGUCUUGGGAAAGCCCCUAAUUAUUUCUCUGGAAGAAAUUAGAGUUGGCAGAAACUGCAUGUUAGAAACUCACAGCUACUGACUGUGCCCAGAAAGUCCACGCUGAGGUUGGUCUCUUGCCAAGCCCUGGCCACCGUAUCUUCAUGUCCUUGAGUUGAUCUCUUCCUGCUGCACAGCCAGGCCCCAGUUCCCCUAAGGGCUCCAGUGGCCUUCCUGGUGUGAGACAUUGUCUUUGAUGCUGUGCUCCAGGGUACUUGUCCAUGGAGAGUUCAGUGUCUCCAUCUGCCUCCAUCCUUGGCACACAACAAAACCCAUGAAGCAAAGUGGCCUUUUUGAACCGAGGUUUUGCAAACCAUCUCUCCCCAGUUAAGGAGUCGAGCACAUCUGCAGUGCACAUGAAUUCCCGGCGUUGACGUUCAUGUUCUAGUGUGUAAAUACUCUGGUGGGGGAGCUUGAGUAUACAGAAUGUAAAUACGGUUCUUGUAUUUGUACUGACUCCUGUCCUUUUGCUGUAUAGCCCUAGGUGUGCAAUGCAGACAUUAUCUAACUGUGUGUGGUAACUUUACUUCACAGCUAUUAGUGAACACGGUAAAAUAAUAAAGUCCAACCAGUGCAUCAGGA